UGGUCGGAGCCCGGUCACGUGACUCCUAAUUCCCCAUGGGCGGGACCAGAUCUGUGAAAGCAGUUGAAAAAGACUUCGACACUACUUUAUGGACAGUCCACCGAGGCUAGCGUGUUCGUUUCUGUGCCGUUUCUUUGCCCAAGUUCGUGAAACCCUUAUCAUUAACUGUGCUGUUUGUUUACCUAAUCGUUCACACGUGUUCGAGGAUUGCGUUAUCAUAAAUCGAGGAUCUUUUACGAAAUAAUCAAUACGUGUGUAUAAAUUUAUGUCUUGUGAGGAUGUAUUUAUCAGUAUUUUUUGUGAAUUUGUUUUAAAACUAUUUACGAACUUCACGGUAUCAAUUGAGAAAGUUAUAUUUACUAACUAUCAAUAAACAUUUGGUUUUUCAAAUCGUGAACUUGUAUGAAACGUGUCACUGAUCUCAGUGUAGGGAUAUUGCUGUUGAACUUUGACCCCAAACGAUUAAAAUGUGUUUUUGAAACAAGUUUAAUCAUAUAAUGCCCUCUAGAGCUUAGUAGCACAUAAAUAACAAUCAAAUCCUCUCAAAUUCCUUUCAAUAGUAUACAAACAACUUUUGAAACAAGUAAAUCUAGUCAAAUAAUGUUAGGCAGUAGUGAUAACGAUUCGAAAGGAUUGCUGGAUUACUCUGUGGAACUGUCAUUAACUUUUGUGUUGAGUCUGUAUUUUAAAGAUAGUGUCCUUAAGCUUUAGAGCGUAUCUUCCUAUGAAGCAUAAGGAUUGAUAAGGCUGUUUAAUUUAUAAUCGAGCUGUGAUUGCAUAGAUAAAUAUGUUGGAGAGACUAGUAGAGAGUUGUUUAUAGUGUACUUUGUGAGACCAAUGUUUGUUUUAUGUGAGUGAGGUUAUUGAGAAGACUUUAUAGAAAGACUGUUGGGCAGUUAUGAGUUCGUUCCUGAUGAACACGGGUCCUUCGUACCAUCACCACCAACCGUCCAUUCACCACCAAGCAGUGGUGGUCGACCCCAAGUUCCCGCCAACCGAGGAGUACAGUCAGAACAACUACAUCAGCACAGACUUCUUCAACGGACACCACCAUCACCACCACGCAGCCCCGGCACCACAGUACGGCGGAUACCAUCAUCAAGCUACCGGGACACCGUACGGUAUCACGGGAAACCAUGGAGGUGUCCCCAGCAACUACGGAACAUACGCUGGGAACUACUACCAACUCCAUCCACAUCCCGAGAUCCACCACCACCAUCCGCUGCCUCCGGAGGCUCAACAACCGCCCCCCAUUCCCCAGUGCACCGCCCCCCCAGCCUCGACCACCACACUCCUCCAGGACAGUCCGAAGGACACCUCCUCGUCGCCAUGUCACCUGCAGAGUCCCGUCUCCACGCAACAGCAGCCCAACAUGGACGGCACGGAGGAGUCGGACGACCAGGAUGACAUGGACGAUGACGAACUCCUCAUGAUGGAGGACGGGUCGCCGUUGAUGAUCGACGAGAGCUCGGAGUCUGGAGACCGCAUCAUCUACCCCUGGAUGAAGAAGAUCCAUGUGGCAGGAGCCGAAGGCCUUAUUCUUCAACAAGCUAUCUCGAAUGGGACCUAUCAGCCAGGCAUGGAGCCGAAACGACAGCGAACAGCCUACACGAGGCACCAGAUACUGGAGCUGGAGAAGGAGUUCCACUACAACAAGUACCUGACAAGGCGGCGACGAAUCGAAAUUGCUCACACGCUGUGUCUGUCCGAGCGACAGAUUAAGAUUUGGUUCCAGAAUCGACGGAUGAAGUACAAGAAAGACAACAAACUGCCCAACACCAAGAACGUCCGUCGGAAAAAUGGACAGGGGGGUCCGGGGGCGCCGGGUGGGAAGAAACCGUCGAGAAACCGGACGCCGAAGAGAGUAGCCCAGGGACCUGGGGCACCUCCCGACUCCACCCAGGUUCUUCCUCCUCUCGACGACCACCUCCUACCCUCCCACGAGUCGUCCGACCCUGGCAUGCUCAUGCACCCUUCCGUCCUGGGACAGCAACUCACCCCUCUCCACCCUUCUGUCCAUCAACCACCUCAACUACCUCAAGUGAAAGCCUCCGACUAUGGACUGACCGCCUUAUAACCUCCGAACGGCGAAUUCAAUGCUGACUUCGUCGAUGUAGAGAGGCUCCACUUCUCAUCAACCGUACAUGUCUAGUUUAUAAAAUUUCGUCGAUUACUUUCUAGUACAGUGCAGUAUACUAAUUUCGUCUCGAUUACGAACAUUGUCAAGAUGAGCUGCUGAUGUAAAGAUCAGUUUAAAUCUAUGAUUUCUACAACUUCCUAAAUGGAAUACAUUGUAUUCCCUAUAUGUCACUCAAAUUCGAAACCCAUGGAAUGGCUCAAAGAUGAGUUUAAAUCUAUGAUUUCUACAACUUUCUAAAUGGAAUGCAUUGUAUUCUCAAUGUGUCUCACAAAUUCAAAGGCUAUGAAAUGGAAGUAUAGCUGUAUACAGGACCAUUUUGAAGUUGCAUGUUUUCAAUUACACUACCUGAAAUGAUCUAAUUCUGGAUUCAGUCUGUGAAGCUGUUCACGCAUCAUUUCCAAAUCUACAAUUCACUUUACUUCUGACAGAAGUUCGGAUUGAGUUCUCUAGGGUUUCAGUUCCUCAAAUUCUUGCCAUGAAAAUAGAAUAAAUCAUUAAAUUAAUAAAACAAUAUUGAAACUUGAAGUACCUUUUAUUAUUUAAAAUAUUACAACGACUAGUCGUCAUUUGUCAAGUUGACAUUUCAACUUGAAAAUGACCUAUGGUCGAAACUAUUCGAAGGGUACUUCAAGUUUCAAUAUUGUUUUAUUAAUUUAUAAAAGUAGCCCAAGUAAAUUCAAGUGAAGUGUUUUUAUAAUAAAUCAGUAUUUUUAUUCUCUGUUUUGUAUUAUCAUUGGAAAGUACGGUAACUUUUCAACUGAUAUCAAAACAUACAAAAAGGUUAUGAGUUUGAAAAAUCUCCUAACCAGAACACUUCUAAACAUAGUGAUAUAAGAAUGACGAGUUUUUGUUUUUGUGGAAUGUACAAAACAUUUGUAUCAAUGCGUUAGAUAUUGUAAAUAAUUUAUUGUAAAAAUUAUAAUGGAGUUGAAAAUUAGAAAGCGAUUAGGUUAAUGACUAUCCUCAGAUACGGACUUUCGAUCAGUAUUGAAAUUAUAGAGAUCUACUCUAUGGACUAUUGUUUGGUGUAAAACAUACUUUUUUAUAGAAUAUGAUGUGAAAAAAUCAAAUAGAAUGUGUUAAAUUAAGUCAAAUAGUCUAAGUGAACAAUCUAUGCGAUAAAGUUAUUAUUUUAAUAAAUUAUGAAAUUCGAA